AUGGGAAAGCGCGGGAACUAUGUGGCCCAGGAUAUGGCUGCUGCUACGGCACUUUUGGCUAGGGUGAGGUCCAAAUCCAAGCCACCCGAGGCCAAGCCAAACCCGGGCACCCCUGCAAAGACACCUACAGCCCCGGCAGAAGCAGCAGAGACCCCCGAUGCGAAGAUGACACCUAUCCGCAGCCCGGACCCGAAGAAGACCAGGCUGGAAGAAGUUGCCGAGGAGACGGCCCAGCCCGCCACUUCGGAUGAGAAUGAUGAUUUGAACAAGCACCUUGAGCAGUUGCUGGAGGAAGAGUACGAGAGGAUCGACCAGGAGCAGGCCAAGGCCAGCCCUACGGAUGCAACGUCCGCAGCUACGCGGAAUGACCCCGGAUCGUACUAUGACACGGAGUGGGGGAACGGCCACUGGACCUCCCAGCACUGGUGGGAUUGGAGCCAGCGCUGGGGACGUUCCGACUCAUGGGGUCGUUCCUGGUCCCGAGAGUCUUGGAGCAAGGAAGAUUGGAGCAGGGAGAUGCACCGUGGUGCAUCAGUAGAUCUGGAAGGGAAGCUUCAGGCUUCCAAUGCCCAUGGUGACAACGAGCAGGAGCAAGCCCGGGCAGCCUUGAACAGAAUGCCGACGUCAUGGGAUGAUCAGACACGAGCAGCCGCGCCGGAGCAGCAGCAGAUGCCCAGUGGGAACAAGGACCAAGCAAAAGCCGAGGACCCAGCGAUGAUCACAGCCCCACCGCAGCAGCAAGCGCCGAUCCCCACUGAGACCAAGGACCAAGCAAAAGCCAAGGACCCGGCGAUGAUCACAGCCCCAGCGCAGCAGCAAGCGCCGAUCCCCACUGAGACCAAGGACCAAGCAAAAGCCAAGGACCCGGCGAUGAUCACAGCCCCACCGCAGCAGCAGGGACCGAUCCCCAUGGAGACAGACUCAGCAACACAGCAGCAGGGCCAGCAGAAUCCGGAGAAGCCCGGCACACCGGACCAGCCGCAGGCACCCGUCCGCGUGGAGACAGGCACAGCAGCAAAAAACCAGCAGCAGGACCCGAAGGCCACGCAGCAGCAGACACCGAUCCCCACGACGAACCAAGCAGAAGCCACAGGCACACAGGGGCAGCAGCUGAAAGAGGCUGUGAAGGAGGAGCCGAGAAUGGGAGGCCCAGGUGAUGAGUGGCGAUGUGAUAAGCGUGGGCGGCUUCUCAAGCCGCACUCGCUAUACAUGAGAUUCUAUCGAUCGAUCCGAAGCAGCUCAACAGCAUCUACGCAAUAG